AAGGAAGGAAUCUCUACUAGCUACGGUAGCUAGCUGCACUAUUGCUCAAGACUGAAGCCAUACUACCAGAAUGAAGGGCGCGCUAUUGUGUUUCCUUGUUGGCCUGAUGAGCCUUUUGCCAUCUUCGCUGUGUUUUUCUAGUGGUGAUUCCCGAAGGAUCUUUCUACAGAAAUCAGUGUCUGUCUUGACAGGAGCUGCUAUUGGUACCGUGGCUAGCGUAAGCAACACACCAGCAGCUCUUGCAGCCCCUGAAAUCUUCAACACUCCCGGCGGCCUCAAGUACGCGAUUACCAAGCAACCAAAGGACUUGAAAAAAGCCAUUGUUCCCGCCAAAGGCGACAUUGUAGCUAUCGAGUACACCGGCUACUUGACCAGUGGACAAAUCUUUGAUGCCACGCAUGCCGAGGGAAAGGGCAAUGCACUCACAUUCCAACUAGGAACCAGCGUAGUGGUGGACGGAUUGAAUGAAAUCAUUGGCUAUAUGGGAGUGGGACAAAAGGUUCAGGUCAUUGUUCCUCCACAACUAGCUUUUGGUGACAAGGGAUUGUGUCUAGAAGGUGGAGAAUGCCUCAUCAAACCAGGACAGACACUUGUCUAUGAUGUCUUUCUCAAAAAGACGGCUGUGCCUCCUCCAUAA